GUUUAUUUAGCUAGAUACAGAAAAAAAACAUUUAUUUUUUUCCCAUUCCCACGCACCAAUUCUCUAGAUUUUAAAUUAAAUCUAGAUUAAAAAUAAAUAAAAUUUCGAUGAGAAGACAUGAUUACACGAGGACGAAUUGCUUUCAAAAUUCUAUCAUGUCUCAUCGCCAUAGCAUUCAUCUUGAUUCUAUUCUCCUCACUAAACCAACAAAACGAUUCUUAUCAUGACGAAUUUAUUUCUGUCGAAACAGUUCGUCAAAUUGAAGAAGAAAUACAAAGUGGAACUUUGGUAAAUUUAAACAAUUUCAAGUAUGAAAUUAAUAAUGAUAUUUGUAAAAGAAAUGGAAGGGAAUUAAUAGGUAUUAUAAUUGUUACUUGCUAUGUUGGACAUGAUGAAUUACGAGCUGCCCAUCGACGGGCCAUUCCCCAAGGCAAACUCAUUGAAAUGGGAUUUUCGAGAGUUUUUCUUUUAGCUGAAAUCCCAAAAACUGAGAAAUACAUUACACAAUCUCAAGUUCUCGAUGAGAAUAAGAAGUUUGGGGAUAUUCUGCAGGGUAAUUUUAUGGAAGCAUAUCGAAAUCUCACCUACAAACACAUUAUGGGUCUCAAAUGGGCAAGUACCAAUUGUUUUAGGGCCAAGUUCAUCAUCAAAAUGGAUGAUGAUGUUGUUUAUGAUGUGUUCCAUUUGAAAAAUUACCUUGAGAGUUUGGAGAUUAAGGGAUUUCCAAAGAGCUUCAUGGCUGGCUAUAUACUAGACAAUAAGACACCAAUUCGCCUUACUGCCAACAAGUGGUUUGUAACAAGAGACGAAUACGCCUCCGAUGUCUAUCCAGCGUAUCUAUCCGGUUGGUUGUACAUAACCAACCCAAACACCACUUUGCAGCUAGUUCGACAAUCACAAACUGAAAAAUUCUUCUGGAUUGAUGAUACCUGGGUAACAGGCGUGUUACGUGAUCAACUUAGCAUUCCCUUAAUUAAACUUAAUUCUUGGUUUUCUUCCAAUGCCGACUUUCUCGAUUGUUGCGUUCGAGAUCUGAAAGAUUUCAACUAUGAAUGUGAGUACUUUGUUGGACCGAAUGGAGGCGAUACAAAGUUGAUUGUAGAAUUUUUACAUGGUAUCGAGAAGUGCUAUUUCGAUGAGUGCAAUAAACGUUCUCCGGAACAUUCGCUUAAACAAACAUGUGUGGCCAGUGCAAAACAAUUUAUCCCUGAUCAUGGUGAUGCUUUAAUUAGAGCAGUUAAACUAUAAUCUAGAUAAAUAGAAAA